AUGAUGCACCUUGUAAAGUACGAUUACGUUAAGUAUGCAAUAUGCUUUAUACUCGGCUAUUACGUAAGAGGAAUAAUAAAAUUCGUAAAAAGGAAGAAAAAAAAUAUAUUUAUAAAUGUUAAAGUUGUAUUAUAUAGUAAGAUAAGGUCACUUUUUUGUUCAUACCUUAUUUCAUCUUACGAAAAGAAUUUAGUAAAAAUUGAAAAAGAUUUAUUUUAUAAAAAUUAUGAUAGAGAAACUAUUGAGAAACAUGGAAAAUAUAUAAACAUUUAUGAUAUGCCAUCAGAUGCAUUUGAGAAAAUAAGUCAAACUAAAAUUUUAAUUAUUGGUAUAGGUGGGUUAGGGUCCCCAUUGUGCUUAUAUUUAAGUAAAUUUACUUUUAAAGAAAUAGGUUUAGUAGAUGGUGAUAAAGUAGAAGAGUCUAAUUUACAUAGACAAAUAAUACAUAAAAAAAAAAAUGUGGGUUUAAAUAAAACCAUUUCUGCAAAAUUAACUGUAGAAGAUAUAGAUAGAGAUAGUAAUAAUAUAAAAUGUUACCCUUUUUAUUUUGAUAAAAUAAAGGGUUUAGAUCUUAUUAAAAAAUAUGAUAUCAUAAUAGAUUGUACUGAUAAUAUAAGCACAAGAUUUUUAAUUAAUGAUAUAUGUGUUUUGUAUAAAAAAAAAUUAAUUUUUGGAAGUGCUUUGGGUUUAUAUGGACAAUUGAAUGUUUUCAAUAUGAGUGAAAAUUCUUCUAACUGUUAUAGAUGUAUAAAAAAUUUUAAUAAUCACACUGAAGGUAAUGAUUGUGAUGAGAAUGGAAUACUUUCUACAGUAACAGGGGUGAUAGGACUACUACAAGCUAAUGAAGUUAUUAAGUUAUCAACAGGUUUACAUAAAGAAACAUUAAAAAAUUUUUUAACAUACAAUAGUUUUUCAAAUGUAAAACCAUUUGAAACAUUAAAUAUUAAUAAAAAGAAUAAAAACUGUAUUUGUUCAAGUCAUAAUUUUAAAGAGUUAUAUAAUUUUAUUUUGAAUAAUAAUUAUCCUAAUAAUAAUGAUACGGAAUGCAAGAAAAUUAACACAUCGUCGUACAAAUAUGAUAUAGAUGUUUUUAAUUUUCUAGAUAUUUUAAAUAAAAAUUUCAGUUUUUUUGAAUUCCCCAUUGAUCACUUAUGUAUUUUAGAUGUACGAAAAUAUAACAACACAAAUGUGUACGGGCUAAGGAAUUCCAUAAAAUGGAGCUAUUGCGACAUCAUGGAAUCGAUCAGUUAUUAUGCCGGUGGUUCUAAUGCGGAUAACAGGGGUAAUGACCCUAAUGCUUUAAACAGUGGAAAUACUGCAAUCACUACCAACAAUAUGAAUAAGUUAGUUAAAAUAAUUCUGGAUAAGCUAGAAAUAUCGCUCUUAAAGGGAAAUAUAGUAAUUAUUGUCAUAUGCAGAAGGGGUAUUGAUUCCUUAAAAAUAACCAAGUAUUUCAAUAAAUUUUUCUUAGGCGAAAAAAAUAAUUCAUUUAGUUGUGCGGAUAAAGCAACACCCGUAUUCUCUUCAUUUGAUAAUAAGUUAAAAUAUUUCAAUGAAGAGGAAAAAAUUGGUACAUAUAAUUUCCCAAACAAAAAUAUUUUUACCUACAAUAUGAAGGGAGGUUAUAUAGAACUUCAGAAAAAAAUAUUUAAAAAUUUGCCUUUUUUAUGA